AUGGCCUAUAACACGCCUGGCUCCAAACGGGCAGCCGAAGACUAUGUCCGCACCACCUCGCACUCCAACGACGGUUUCUACGGCCAGCCUACCAAAAAGCCGCGCUUCGACGUGCGCAACCCCUCGGCCCUCGCCCCCGAUGCACUAGAGGACGAUGCGAUUUUGGAAGCAGAUGUCAUCGGCGCACGUGGUCAGCAGGUGAAGCGCGGCGCAGUAAACAUCGACGGCUACGACUCGGACUCAGACAAUGACAAUUUUGAUGCUCGCGCCGAUAGAAAAGCUAAAGCGAACGCAAAGGCGGAGAAGGACAAGUCCAAGGAGGAAGAUGAAAAUGAUAUGUUUGCCGAUUUGGAGGAGGACUUCAAAGAUGGGGACGAUUCAGAAGGCGACAUCGGGCGAAGAGGCGGCAAGAAAAAAGCGGUUCGGUUCAUUGACGAGGACGAGAUAGAAGGCCAAAUUCAAAGUUCAAAAAGUGGUGGUCACGUCUCUGCUGAUUUCUCACUCAAUGGGCGGGGCAAGGGCAAAGCCAAAGACGAGGACGAUGAAGUUGAGAGCAGCAGUGAGAGCGAAGUGGACGAUAAAACUCGAGCAAGCACCGGCGAGCUCGAUCCCGAACUUGGAGCUGGGAGCAAGAAGUCACAUGCGCCCAAGUUGGAUGCUUUCAAUAUGCGUGCAGAGCAGGAGGAGGGCCGCUUCGACGAUCAGGGAAACUAUGUUCGCAAAGCUGCUGAUCCCGAUGCCAUUCACGAUAUUUGGCUCGAAGGCAUGUCGAAGAAGGAGAUGAAGCGAGCAAGGGAGGCUGCCGACAAACGAGAAGAAGAGCGGAGAAAACGUGACUUGGAGGAGGAUGCGAAGUCAACAGGCGACGUUUUGGCCGAGCUCAUUCCGCUGCUGGAACGUGGCGAAACGGUCCUCGAAGCCCUCGCUCGCCUCGGAAAGGGCAAAGACAAGAAACCAAAAUGGCAACCAAAGAACAAGCACAAGAAACAGAAUAGCGAGUCAGACGGGCAUCCUGCAGAGGACCAGGCUGCAGAGCAGGCUCGAAAGGCAAAGGUCGAAAAGAUCAGUGGUGCAGCGGCCAUCUUAUUAGGCAGGGGCCAAGCAGAAGUUUACGACACAGAAAGAGAAUUGCUCGUUCGACAAUAUCGACGAGAAACUGGUAAUGAGUGGAGCGAUCCCCCGCAGCCCAACGAUACAGAUACUCAAGCUGAUGCUGAAGACUCCACGCCGCACCUGUGGGAGUAUAGGUGGACCGAUGCCAGGGAUGGUGGGGCAAUAAAUGGGCCCUUCGAUGGCCAUACCAUGAAACAAUGGAGUGAUGCUGGCUACUUCGGCGAAGGAGUCGAAUUCCGUAGGCAAGACGGUGAUGGCGACUGGACCAGAGUGGCCGACUUUGCAUGA